AUGGGAAGGGAAAACCAUGACCCUACUAUUGUUGUUCACUCUUCCAUUGCACUUCUACAAGAGAGGUUUAGACAAUUGGAAAGAGUAAAAGAAAUGAGAGAAGAGAGAGAGCUAAAGAAAAUGCUCAAUGAACCAAAACAAUUCAAUUCAAAUACCAUUCCUAGUUAUGAUUAUGAUCAAUCAACAAGGUUGUUUUCUUCCAACCAUGAAUUGAUCAUACCAUCAAAGUCUUCACCACCUCAUGUUUCUCUUUCUCUUUGGCCAACAACAUCACAACAAGACGACUACUAUACAAGUAUGAAGAGUCCAGUUUCAAUGAACUUAUGCACCACAAAUUAUACAAAAAACUUGCAGACUUCAUGGAAGAAUGGUCAUGAUUGUGACUCUCCCUCUGAUUCUGGUGUUGACACUUCUCUUCACCUGUAA